AUGAAACAGUUGGAUGUCUUUUUUAAAGAGCAAAAACUCAGAAAGAUCUACAAGACGUAUUUCUCCUGUUGCUCCUGUAAGAAAAAUUACUCCUAUAAAAGCAAAUAUCUCUAUAUCCCCGGAGUCCCUCUAAAGUUGAGUUCAACAUAUCCAAAAAUUAUGCUUUGGCAGAGUCAUGUUAGUAGUCGUUCAGGUUUGACAUGGUAA